AUUUCCUCUAUAGGAAAACAAGUAUUGGGCGCAGACGUUCAUUUUGUUUGUAGCAGUUGUGCUGUGAAGUCGUCGUUCGUAGUCAGUCAUCAGCAUUUAUUACUCAGUGGGUUUUAUAGAAUUUGUACGAGCAACAACAAAGCGUAACAAGAGUGUGUGUGCAGUGCUUGUGCAAAAGAUAUAAUAAAAAAAUAAUAAAAGCAAUUUUGUGUGAAGUGUAACUGAACGCGAAUAUACAAAACAGAAAGAGAAGUCAUAUUAACGGGGUCUUGAGAUUUGUUUUUUUUUUGUUUCUCACAAGGUGUUUAUUAAAAUCCAUUUGUCGUUGCUGUUUCAAUACUUAGUAAAAAAUUAUUAAAUAUGCCGACUGUACGUCGUUGUUGCAUUGUUGGUUGUCUUUCAAACUCUCGCCAGAGUCCACAAUUACAAUUCUUUCAGUUUCCAAGGCCUGAAAAUCCAGUUCAUAAUGCUUGGAAGCAAGCGUGCCAUGCCUCCUUGGGUCGCAUAUUGCCUUUUAAGAAACCCGUGGUAUGUGCAUUACAUUUUACAUCAAAUUGUCUUGGUAACCGUCGCCUAACGUCAAGUGCUAUACCAACAUUACGACUUGAAGUACCCACAAAUUUAAAGGCAGCAGAACAACAGGCUAUGAUAGAUGAUAUUGAACGAAGCCGAAAAUGCGCUUAUAUUAAUGCUGUUGUUUAUGAGUGGAUAGUACGAGCCAAUUUAAAUCCACAAUUACGUGGUUCUAUUACCCACGGAAUGAUUAAAGAAAAAGCCGAAUCAGCUAAGAAUGUAAUUGAUUUAAAUACUUUUGUUGUAGAUAAUCGUUGGUUGAAUCGUUUUCGUGAAACACAUCUCGCAGGUUUUGCACAAAAAUUGAACACAAAUCAAUUGAAACCACUCGGGCUAUCAUUGUGGAUACCCGAUAUAGUACAGGAUUUGCAACAUUUAUUUCCUGCAACAACAGCUGAACAUGUUGCUGAAUUGGAAUGCGUACCAGAACAAUAUGUUGAUUAUAUGCAACAAUAUGGUGAAUAUGAAGAGGAUGAUUAUUCAGAUCAGAAACCGGAACAAUCAUAUCAAACUGAACAACAGCAAGAGCAAUCAUAUCAGGAACAACAACAACAAAGCCACUAUCAAAAAUAUAAUUCAUUCAACCAAGAUCCAUACGAACCACAAAUCAAUUACAAUUACGAUAAUUCUAACGAUGAACUUAAAAGUCCAGGUAGUAACUUUAGCUCGCCUCAUCCAUCUCGGCCGUCAUCGCAUUCUCCUCCACAACAACAGCUAUUAUCAAACCGGUCUAGCCCUAAUCAUAAUCCAGUUAAACGCCCCAGAGUUAAUAGUGAUGAAGUGCAAAUUGUCAAUUCACCACCAGAACAAAUUGAUAAUUUAACAAAUGGCUCUGAAAUAAAUCAUAAUGAAAAUGGUGUUAGCAAACAAAUAACGAAUGGUUCUAUAUCCAAUGGUCACUCAAACUGCUCCACACCUAAACCAAUGAAUGGAAAACUCAAUGGUCACAUUUCACCAGAAAUAGAUGAUGAUUGCGAAACUUAUGCUAAUGCACUUGAAAAAUUGAAACCGAUAGCAAACUUCGUACUUUCCAAAGAAAACUUCCGUGCUAUUGGUCUCAUAUCACAAUUGGAAAUCGUUUUACGUAAAGGUGAUCGUCGGAAUCUAUCAGAGAAAGCAGAUUAAUUAUUUAAUAUAAUAAAAAUUAUUAUGUUGUGAAUAGUAUUAUUAAAAUA